AUGCACAGAAAUUGCCCCCUGAAAAGAGAGGAACACCAAACUCUGCGGAGCCCGGGCACCCCCCCUAAGUCGAUGAACGACAUCGCAGAAGGGGCCCGUCAGGUGCUGAAUCACAUCGAGAACAAUGGCACAGAGGACCGAUAUGUCACUAGAUAUAUCCGGGCCGUCCGCCGGUACGCGCUGAAUGCCCAACGGGGUGAUGGCAUGGGAAUGGCCAAGGUGCUCGAGGCACUGACCAAGAUCAACCCUGACACCGAACGCCUGAACCAGCGAAUGGAGACCAUUGAGAAAACAACGAGCGCUUUAUUCCACCACUAUUUCCGCCUCUCACGCGGAUUCCGCAGCAGCAUGGGGGGAAUUCGAGCCAGAGACUGGCAGCGUGGCCAGUCCAAAGCCGCGGCACCCAUCACCCGAAGCAACGGCACAUCGUCUCCGGGGGUACCUGAGAUCGAGCUUCGCGAGGAUCGCGAGGUGAUUGUGAAAGUCGGGCCAAAUCGCGAACGAGUCCGUGGACUCUCACCUCAAGAGCUGGUGGAGCAAGUGGAACGACACCGGGCUACGACUGCAAGGCAGAAGAGCUCUACAGCCCUGGCUCGAGGAGCUACUGUUGUUGCGGCUCGAAAAUUACCAUCAGGCGAUGUAGUUCUGGUCGCGAACAACGCUACAAGGGCUGAACUACUCCGCAAGCAUACCGGAUGGCUGAAGGCGUUCGGGCCCGGUUCCGUGAUUCAAGAGCAGUCAUGCGGCGUCAUGGCGUACAAUGUCCCGGGGCUGAACGACAGACUGGAUUUAUCCCACUUUUGGGGAUCCAAAUUCGGAACCAAGGGGUGUGAAUCGCUUCGUUAUUGA